AUGGAGAUAGUGGAGCCCAAGGACCUGGAGCAGCACUUCAGCUUGGCCAAGAGGAGACAUAUGGAGUUAUGCAGGCAGAAACGGAUCUUCAACGCCAGAAACAGGAUCAUCGGGGGAGAUACAGAAGCCUGGGAUGUUCAGGUCCAUGACCAGAAGAUAAAAGAAGCCACCGAAAAGGCCAGACAUGAAACCUUUGCUGCUGAAAUGAGGCAAAAUGACAAAACCACAUGCAUUCUGGAAGGCCGGGAAAGGAGAGACAGGAAAAACCUGUGCAAAGCUAUCAACGACUUCCAACAGAACUUUCAGAAGCCAGAAACUCGCCGAGAAUUUGACCUUUCUGACCCCCUGGCCCUUAAGAAAGAUCGUGUACCCCGGCAGUCAGAUAAUGAUGUUUGGAAUACUGUAUCGGGAAUGCAGAGAUUCAUGGGCGAGGAUUUAAACUUCCGCGAGAGGAAGAAAUUCCAAGAGGAACAAAACAGAGAGUGGUCCUUGCAACAGCAAAAGGAAUGGAAGGAUGCCCGUGCCGACCAAAAAUGUGCAGAGGACUUCUACGUGCAGACAAGGCUGCAAUUUGACGAAACAGCCAAACAUUUACAGAAACUGGAAAAUGCCACCAGAAGGGCGGUUUGUGCAGCUGUGAAAGAAUUCAACAAGACCCAGGCUACAGAGUCAGCGGAAAGGAAAAGUCUAGAGAAAAAACAAGAACAAGAGGACAACCUGGCCGAGAUCACCAACCUGCUGCGCGGGGACCUGCUGUCCGAGAACCCGCAGCAGGCGACCAGCUCCUUUGGGCCCCACCGCGUGGCCCCCGACCGCUGGAAGGGCAUGACCCGGGACCAGCUGGAGCAGAUCCGNNGGCUGCAGCGUCAGCACAUUGUAGAAGCCACCAGGCUGCAGGAAGAAGAGUGCCUGCGGGACCGGCUCUGGGACCGGCAGAGGGUUGAGCAGGCUCGCGCCACUCUGCUGUUGGAGCGGCAGGGGCGGCGGCAGCAGCGUGAGCUGCGCAGGGCCCUGGACGGCAGCAACCUGGGCCUGGCCAAGGAGCAGCUUCUGCAGAAAAAAUACAUGAAGGAAGUCUAUACAAACCAUCCCACCGAAGAAUAUUUCGCACAAUUUAAUACAAGAAGUCGAUAAUGGAAAAGAC